AUGUACUACUACUAUGACGACCAAAACGUCUUGCAAGGCCCGUAUUCGAACUCCGCGCUUCAAAAAUGGUUCCAAAAACAAUACUUGCCAGCUGGUACAUUGGUUUACGACAAGUAUAUGCAACCAUUCCUCAUUGAAUACGUUGUGAACAGAUCUCUGAAAUCGCGGACCAAAGUCAUGUUCCACGAUGACACUUUUAACCUUGAUCGAACGAACCUAGAUGUGACGCUUCAUCUUUGUAGUCCUGAGCUGAGCAACACGACGUCGUCAAGUGAAGACUUCACUCAACUGGAGGGCGGUGUAGACGAAGUGGAUUUUGGUCGUGGGUUCGAGUAUGAGAAAGAACCAUGCUUUCUCAAUCAACUGAUGAUCAACAGCUACAUCGAACAGCGGGCUCUUCUAAACCGCCGACGUCGAUUCCCAGACACAUACUGCCCAUUCGAGAAUACAUGGAAUAAUUGGGUGCCAGAGCCGAUCGAAAUGAACGUUGCUUUGCGCGGAGCAAUCCAUACUCACAACAUGGUUCAGACGUUCGAUGAAAGAAUCAUCUCAGGAUAUCUGAACUUUCUGAAUAUCUACCCUCAUCCAUGCCAACUUUGCGAUGUGAAGUUUUCGAAUUCCAAAGAAAUGCUUGAGCAUUUUUUAAGUGUCAUUCAUAUUCAGCGGAGCUACAAAACUGGCGGGACGUUCUCUUACAUUGAUCUAUACUGCGCUCGAAAAAUUAUAUACGAAGUCGAGAUGUCAUAUGCAGACAAAAAUUUCGACUUUCUAGCAGAUGACGUCCAUUUCCAAAGUCGAAAAAUGUCAUUCUUUGAUGAGUUCGACAUUUUAACGGCUUUCGAAAGCCUGAAAAGUACGGUUGCCGUGUCGCAAGGCGUACCACUGCUUUCUCCUCCACGUAACACACUUGACACUUUAGGAUAUGUCGAAGCUGUUGUAUUCUUACGGGUUUUUCAAGAAAAGUACAAAAGAAUGCCUGAAGCCCUUCGAGGUCGCCGAUUUGGUCCAACUGGCAAGACAUGGUGCAACUAUUGUAAGGUAGAAUUCGAUGCCACAUUUUUGGAGUCGUUCCCAACACACUUGUUCUCUGAGGAGCAUAUCGAUAAUGCACUUUAUAAUGGAGUCUCUCGUGCUGAUAUGGAGUACUGGUUGUCGUUUAUGGAACCACUUAUGAAUGGAAACUGCAAGAGAGUCAGACAUCAGGAUCGCGUGGAAGUGUCUCUUCAAGAAUCUGACUUCCCGUUGUGUUACGUGCCAGUUGGAAGGGUUGAAGGAGAUUUCUCUUAUACCGGCAAAGACAUGCAACCAGUGCUAAAAUAUGUCAGCGACGAAAUCGCCGCCAGUUUCGAUCUUCUCGACGACUACAAAUACCGUACUACGUGUCGUUGGUGUCGUACAGAUCUUUUCACUAGGAACGGUGUUCUUCGACAUAUUCUUCACGACAAAUGUCAUCUCGAUCGUUUGAAUUCCGUCUCAAACGAUGAUCUUCGUCGCUUGUUAUGUUCAUUGGAUAUCAAGAUCAGGGUUCCAUUGUUCCGACAAUCGAAAAGAACGUCUUCGCCGAUGGAUGUGAAAGAGAAGAAGUUCUAUUUACAACGUCUUCGUAACGUGUGCUCUAAAAAACUCAACAACUUCUUCUCGAGUCACCAAAGAAGCACAUUGAGCCAAUUGGCAGCCAGAAGUUUCCCAGUUGGAUUGGUCAAUCGUUGUGAUCUGUGUGACGUGACAAUUGAUCGUGUCGAUGCAAUGAUCAUGCAUUUGAGCAGUGAGCAGCACAUUGCGAACCUAAUCGAGAGCCCGCGAAUUUCAAAUCAUGAUGUACAGUACUGGCUGACAAUAUUCAAUGUGGAUGGUCGUCGUUCGAGAGUGUUUUAA